AUGGCCAAAUCACUGCGCGGGUCUUCACUCCCUCAGGCCCGCUCCCACCAUCACAAUCAUUACCAUCUACACGACAAACGCGCCGCCACUCCUGGGAAUGCCCAUCACCACCAACAUCGACAACUCAACGACGAUCCCAGUUCGACUCCCAGCCCCGACAUCCAAUCGUCAACCACCUCAGGUCCUAAGGUAGUCGUACAGACCGUCUCGCUCGUUCAAAUAGUAGAUGCCUCUGGCAUCCCCAUCGAAGUCCAGACCAUCUUUCCAACAUCCGCCACCGUGGAUGCCGAACCGGCCACCAGUGCCGCCCUGGGCUUCUCAAUUGCUGCGGCGCCAUCGUCGUCGUCGUCUUCGUCGUUGUCCACCGGCGACCCGACCUCGGAGUCAUCCACCACCACCAUCACCUCCUCUUCCUCCAACGAUGCCUCGCUGUCCACGCCGGCCGCGACGACAUUGUCACCUACGGACCCUUCCGCCAGUCAGGAAAUCUCCCUGACGUCCGAUCCUUUGACUACCACGCUAGCACCCUCGGCACCGGCGCCGUCACUCUACCUAACGUUGAGUGGUCAGUCAAACUCGACGAUUUCAUUCCUUACUUCAACGAACUCCUCUUCAACAUCAGUCUCUACCACAGCCACUUUAACGAGCCAGCUUUCAUCUGGCACAAGCAGCGUAACGUCUUCAGUGCUUUCUUCCCUCUCUUCGACAUGGGACUCGAUUUCCGAUUCAACGUCGAGCACCGGUGGACCGAGCACUUCCACCUUUACCACGAGCGCCUCGUCGACGCUGGAGCCAACGGCCUCCGGAGACGGGACUGCAGGCGUCAUUGGCGGCGGCGGCGGCGGAGCAGGCCAACCGACGGCAACGGCGACUUCCACGGCUGAUGAUUCCGACAGCGACGGCGCUUCUACGCCCACUGCGACCGUCGUUGGCAGUGUCGUAGGGAGCUUGGCCGGAGCAGCUUUUCUCGUGGUGUUGGUGUUCCUUGCCCUUCGCUGGAAGAAGCGUUCAGGUGGACGUUUCCGUCUCAGUGAAGCCAGCAUGGGCAAGCGUGGCAUCCUUACCGGUUCCCACGGUCCCGAAGGCGGCAACAGCAGCGGGAUGAUUCAGCGGUCAUUGUCGUACGGCCCGACCGCCGCUGCGGCUGGAGCCGGAACCACCGCGGUAGCCGCUGCUCAUAAGCCAUUGUCACGAAGGGCCAGCGAACCCUCCGAAACAGGCGAAAAAGGCUUCGUCCGCGUGGCCGGCAGGAAACUGCCAUCAGUGCUACAAUCUGGGGGCGACGGCUACACCGAUCCCCGCGAAGGUGCCUCAGGCGUUGGGGGUGCUGCAGGUACCACAAACGACGACGAAUCGGUAUAUUAUCGCGACUCGCAAGCCUUCUUCGACCCCGGUGGACAGACUCCUCGGCUCGCGCUCGGCUCGCCCAUGAGACCGGUGAGCGGUGUCGUGAUCCUCAAAGAGUCUCCGGCCCGGACACCCGUAACAGAGUCGGCCCCGUUUUCGGAUCAAGACAAUUCAUUUGUCCCGUUAGCGCCCCCGGCCCGGGACCCCAUUGGCCGGACCCUGCCGUCGCAGGACGGUUCUCGGGGUUCCCGAGGCUCGGGCUCGAGGUUCCAUGAAGACAUGUGA